CCGUGUUUAUGGCAAGUGAAGGUCGCACAAGCGCUGCUAAAAGGGGACCAUGAUGUGCUCUGUACUGCAGGCACAGGAAUGGGCAAGACACUUGGAUUCUGGAUACCAUUGUUAUUCCGGCAGGGCAUACAAAUUGUCAUCACACCUUUGAAUAUGCUUGGGAAGCAGAAUGCCACAUCACUUGCCAAGGCAGGCAUACGAGCUAUCUCGAUAAGCAGUGAGACUGCGACUACUGCAAACUUCGCUGCAAUUCGUGCACUCCAGUACCAAGCAGUUCCUGUUAGCCCCGAACAGAUUAUGAAGCCGAAUGGAGAGUUUGAAAGGUUACUAAAGGAUGACUUGUUCAGCUCUCGCAUUAUCAGUAUCAUCAUUGACGAGGCACACUGUCUUACCGAUUGGGGAGAAUUUCGGCCAGAGUACAAGGAGCUUGGACGUCUCCGCUAUAUCUUGCCUCCAGCAGUCCCUAUCAUGAUUACAUCCGCAACACUCACCAAACACGUCUGUGCGGUCUCCUCGAUACUG